AACGUCACGUGCGGUUUCACAAGCCCAAUCUAAAUUAACACUGAUCAUCCAUAUUUUACAAUAUGCCCUGUUCAAUGACAGUCAGCCAUGUUCAAAAUAAGGAAUACCUUAUGUCCAUUUAAUGUAACCAGAUGGAAUGAAGAAAGGAAUCUGUUUAAUUGUUCUAGUAGUACCAAUGUCUACCACUGUCUUGUUGACGAGAGGAAUAGGUCCGGGGAGAUAUGUAUACAGUCUGUCUGGGUUCAAGGAGGUUAUUGUCCUGAGUACAACAAUGACGCUAACACGGUGGACACCGUCCCCUGUGACUGGUCAGUUAGAUGCCCCAAUGGACCUUUUCAGUCUUAUGACGUCUAUCAAUAUCCCGUUUGUUUAAAUAAGACGUAUCAUGACAAAAAUCUAUCUGUGUAUGAUGAGGACCCCUCAUCUCUACCGUGGCUAUAUAUAGGCGUGUCAGUCGGAGUACUUGUCCUCCUUCUUGUCUUCAGUGUAGUAGUUGUCGUGUGUUACAGAAAGAGAAGAUCACACGAUAUUUCUAAAGGAAAAGAUGAACAGAUUUCUUUAUUAUCCAAAGAGACACCAUUCUACAAAACAUCUACUUUCCAUGAGGCAUGUAAAUUUCUCAAAAACGAUGGGAAAAUUCUAUGUUUCAUAGGAAAAUGGGGUUCGGGGAAAUCGACAACAGCUAAACAAGUUUAUAUGUCCUUUACUGGAAGGGAACCGGUUGUAAUAGAGGACAUAUUGAAUUUUGAUGUUAGUACAUGUCAGGACUCUGUUAUCAUAGAGGAACCGUUACUAAGCGAGGACGUUCCUGACGUGGAAAGAAGUGAUAUUCUUAAAAAGAUAAUCUCUUUGUGCAAACAAACUCAGAAAACAAAUAAAAAUGAAACAUUUUUGAUUAUGACUUUGACUGAUGAAGCUUGGGAAAAAAAUGAAAAGAAAGUCAAAAAUUGUUUCUCUUCAAAGAAUGAGCUACAAUCUUUUGGUUUGAAUUGGGGGAAUAUAUCAAAAGGAGAACGGAUUCAGAUCCUUCACACAAUUUUCAAAGCUUACAAACCAGAAACGCCUUUCUCUACCGUUGAAAAAGUUGCCUCGAGAUUUAAUAAAAAUCUUCAUGUUGGAUUCCCAGAGAUCUGCACACUAUUUUUUAAAUGUAGCGAGUUUCAGAAACAUGGUGUUGUAUUCUUUAAUCGACCGCUACGUUAUUUAGCCUCACAUUUAGAAAAAAUGUGUCUUGAUUCAAACAAGAAAGAACAAUUUCUUUUACUGGUGUAUAUGAGCUUUAAUGACAUGAAAAUGGAUAUAAACAAAUCGGAUCAAAAGCUGAGGGAAAUAUAUAAAGCAUGUGGUCUCAACAAUAUUGAUCUAAAAUCGCUUUUACUACCAGAAGAAUUUUUAGUGAAAGAGAACUCAUCAGUCUAUGUGUUACAGCAUGGAAUUAUAAAAAGAAUGUCACUCAUAACGUUUGGAAAGCUUUAUUUCUCCGAAUUACUAAGGUUUUCAUCGAGGAAAGAUCUGCUUGGCUGGAUAAAACGCAAAACAUUCAUAGGAUCACUAGUAAAAGGUGCUAAGGAAGCAUCAGAAAUUGAACCAGUCCUUGAAGUUAAUGACGAGCAAUGGUUUGAGUAUCUUAAGAAAAUAGAAUCGGCAGCACAACCGAGUUUUGAAAUCCCGUGUAAAGAUGAAAUACCCGCCAAAAUACUGACAUCUGAAACAUGCAUAUAAGAGUGUCAUUCAAAAGACACGUAUACAAUUGAUAUAUGUUAAUAUAUCUGACACUCGACGCUGAAAUAUUUCGGAAGUUCUCAUUUUUCCGAGAUGUAAUUGCUGAAAGCAGUAUAGUCCAAAAGGAGUAGUGAAGGAAGUCAA